AUGGCGAUGUUCCGGGUGUUGGCGAAGAUACACGAGCUUCUCAUUGUUUCCAGCCUCAGCACUAUCAUCUUUAGUGUUAUUCGCGUGCAGCUUUUAUACGGCACCGGUGUGCCGCUGGGGUUGCUGUGCUCGGGUUUCAACUUCCCGCAGAUCACUUAUUUCUGGUCCGAGGAGUAUUGGGGCUCCAUGAAGGCUCCUAUACCCCGUCGCACGCUGAUUCCCUUUGCACUCCUGCUUUCUACAGCUGGGCUGGUUGCGGUGGCUGCCGUGCCCGCCUCUGCUAUUCUCACGAGCCCCCGAAUGCAAGAUUGGGUUGCCGGCACGACUUCUUUCUACGUAAGGGGCCUGGCCGACGAUCUCCACCCAAGCCGAGUUGUCGGAUCCGAGUCUACGAUGAAUGCACUAUGCUUGAACACGAGCGCGAUCAAUCUAUCAACUUGUCCAAGCAGCGGGUUUUCGUCUUUGACGGCGUAUGCCAUCAACCAGCAGACUAUCAAAAACGGAGAUAGCCUUCGCCACCCCGGACUGUUCUGUCACUGGACAGUCUCUGGCAAUGUCCGUGGCCUCGCGUGCCAGACCUCGGUUCUGGCCCCGUGGAUCCCCAUCACGAUGUACCAGAACCCCAUCUACGGCGACCGGCUGCAGACUAUCGAUUCUCUUGAUUGGACCCUCAAAUACGUCAAUGUGGCGGAAUACAAGUACAAAUCCGGACAGUCCGUGUCGAUAAGGGCAAAGAUCCCCGUCGUGCGCACCGCCUGCUCCCAGGCACAGAAUGUCUCCAGCGGCGAGACCGCGGUAAACCUUCCUAUACUCCCAGAAUACUCCUGCUGGGCGGACGGAAAUAUUGGUGGCCAAGCAGGGCACGUCCCUACCGUCACUCCAAACCACCAAGCUAGCAAGUCGAAGCCGUGGGACGACUCUUGGCUCGCGGCCCUGUCGCCACCGUUGAACGAGCCUUCAACCCCUUUAGCUUCUAAUUUGUCUAGCAUGACAACCUUCGAAACAAUCCUCCACAGCUCCGCCCUAAUCGACACCCCAGCCUGCCUAACCACCGCCACCGACCCAGCCGCCCUCUGGGACUCAAUCGUCCCCGGCGCCCCAAACCGCACGCUCUUCCUCGAAUGGCUGACCGCCGUCCUAGUCAGCGUUACGGGCUAUCCAAACACGGCACGCCCGGACUUCCACGCCCGGAUCCUACGCGGCGCUAAUACACUGAACCCGCCUUCCGGCUUUGACUCCACGACUUUCACCGCCGCGAUCACGAUCCAGGGGCUCUCUUACCAGGCGCGGCUCGCGACGGACUACCUCUCCAUCGCGGUGCUGCUGGUGCACGCUGUGCUGGCGCAGGCGCUGGCGCAGGCGCAUAUUGUCUAUGUGCUGCGCGCGCGGCGGUCGUCGGUGGCGUGGGGCACGGUGACGGAGCUCGUCGUGCUAGCGUAUAAUUCGCGCCCUGUGGCGGCGGGGAUCGAGUGCUUGGAGGCGUAUCGGAGGGUUGUUGUUGUGCGGGCUGCGAGGGUUGUCGGGUCUGCUGGUAGCAUUACUGGUAGAGGCGGAUUGGAUAGUGGUCACAAGCAGGCCGAACUCAUUCUUUUACAAGACCAUUAG